AUGUUUCCACAUUAUGUGAAGGGUUCCAACGUGGAAAACUACAUUCAAGUAGAAGAGCAGGCGACCCUGUUCGGUUCUGGGCUCGUUGCGCUCGGCAACCAGCCUGGCCAAGAGACUUUUAUUGGGAUUUUCUCCCAAAAUAGACCAGAGUGGGCCGUUACAGAUAUCGCUUGCAUGCAUUAUUCCAUGAUAUCAGUACCAUUCUACAACACAGUAGACAUCAGAGCAUGCGACAGGAUAAUUACACAGACUAACAUGGAAACUAUCGUAUGCGACACGCUGGAAAAAGCCGACCGUCUCCGAGUGGAACACUCGGCUCUUCGGAGUCUCAAAACUCUGAUCGUCAUGGACCUUCCCACUGAAGGCGUAGGGGAGCAGAAAGCUGCAUUUGAAGCGGAGGGACUCAAGCUGGUGUCAUUUGAUGAUGUCAUUAGCUGCGGAGUAAAGAAUGUAGUCGACAGAGUGUUACCCAAACCAGAAACGAUCAACACUCUGGUGUACACAAGCGGUACAACUGGACUUCCAAAAGGUGUUCCCCAUACCCAUAAAACCCUCAUCGCCACUCACGCCUAUGCAUGGCAGACUCUCUCUGAGGAGGUAUCACCAGGUCGCAAUGACAGGACUAUAUCCUACCUCCCACUACCCCAUGUCUAUGAGAGAUCAAGCUUGCAUAUCUGCAUGAUGACGGGUACUCAGUACGGGUUCUUCCAGGGAGAUCCCCUAAAACUCAUCGAUGACAUACAGGCUUUGAAACCCACUGCGUUUGGUGCCGUGCCCAGGGUGCUCAACAGAGUAUACGAUAGGGUCAUGUCGAAUGUAAAUGCAAGCAGUCUAACCAAGAGGACACUCUUUAAUCUCGCUUACAAGCAAAAAUCAAAGAGUUUAGCACGAGGUGAAAAGAGGACCGACACAAUCUGGGACAAGCUAGUUUUUACCAAAAUUCGGAGUCAGCUAGGAGGGCGUAUAAAGUUUAUCUGUUCUGCUGCUGCACCACUCGCUCCUGAGACUGCGCAGUUCCUCCGAGUGACCAUUACUCGUAACUUUUUCGAGGCGUACGGGCAGACGGAAGCCCCUGUCAUCGCCCACACCGUACCGCAUGACGUCACAAGUGGUCACGUGGGUAUCCCAGGAGGCGAUUCGCAGAUCAAGCUGAUCGACGUCCCCGAGUUGGACUACUACUCCAACAAUGACCAGGGAGAGGUAUGUGUGAAAGGGAGCCAUGUCUUUAAUGGUUACUACAGAGAUCCCGAGAUGACGAGCCAGGUACUAGACGGUGACGGUUGGCUCCGAACGGGCGACAUUGGUAGAUGGAACAAGAAUGGGACAUUGGCCAUCAUUGACCGUAAGAAAGACAUCUUCAAGUUAUCACAGGGCGUCUACAUCGCUCCAGAGAAGAUUGAGAACUUCUACCUCAGAGAACCUCUGGUCGCACAGGCUUUCGUGACGGGCGACAGUAGCAAGGAUUGUCUGGUGGGAAUAAUGGUCCCGGAUCAGGAAGAACUUGAAAAGUUUGCCAAGAAACAGAACAUCCCCGGGUGUUUUGAAGAGUUGUGUCAGAACGAGAAAGUGAAAGCAACCAUUUUCUCAAGGAUGAUGAAACACGGCAAAGCUGAAGGACUCGUUGGUUUUGAACAGGUAAAGGGCAUCCAUAUCCACUCCAAGCCGUUUUCCGAGGCGGAAGGCCUCCUCACGCCUACACUCAAGAGCAAACGAAACGUCAUGCACCAGGUCUUUGCAGAGGAGAUCGACGAGAUGUAUUCUGAGAUUGAUCGGGAAGCAAAGAGGUUAAAAUAAAUGGAGAAGAGGAGGAGGAGGA